AUGGUACUCGUUAAGUUGCUAGCCCUGGGACUUCUUAUCUUGAUGACCCUCCUUUGCCUUCUGGAAGCACAGGCUAUUCAGGCUGACCACAUGGGCUCCUAUGGACCAGCUUUCUACCAGACUUAUGGUGCCUCAGGUCAAUUCACCAAUGAAUUUGAUGGGGAGCAACUCUUCUCUGUGGACCUGAAGACAAAGGAGGCUGUGUGGCGUCUGCCUGAGUUUGACAACUUUGCCUACUUUGACCCUCAGGGUGGGCUGGCCAGCAUUGCUGUCAUCAAAGCCCAUCUGGAUGUCUUAGUGGAACGCUCCAACCGCACAAGAGCCACCAAUGAGCCUCCCAGAGUAACUGUGCUCCCCAAGUAUCGAGUGGAACUUGGCCAGCCCAACAUCCUCAUCUGCAUUGUGGACAACAUCUUCCCCCCUGUCAUCAACAUCACCUGGCUGCGCAAUGGUCAGACAGUCACUGAGGGGGUGGCCCAGACUAGCUUCUAUUCCCAGCCUGACCAUUUGUUUCGCAAGUUCCACUACCUACUCUUUGUGCCCAUGGCAGACAACGUCUAUGACUGCAAAGUGGAGCACUGGGGCCUGGAUGAGCCACUGCUUAAGCACUGGGAGCCCAACAUCCCUGCCCUGCUACCGGAUACCACAGAGACCUUGAUCUGUGCCCUGGGCAUGGCCAUUGGCCUGGUGGCCUUCCUCCUGGGCACCAUCCUCAUCAUCAGCGCCACAUGCUUGUCCAGGGCUCCCAGGUGCACAGGGCCCCAGGAGAAUGGGCAGAGAAAAAGUGUGAGGGAUGCUGAGACCUGGGAGAAGGGAUUCUGGGUGAUGAUCAUUCACAAGUGCCACAGGUGCAUUUCGCUUAAGAAACUGCACACCAAGAAGAAUAAGGAGGAGUCUGCAGAGUAUGCUAAGCUUUUAGCCAAGAGAAUGAAGGAGGCCAAAGAGAAACGCCAGGAGCAGAUCGCCAAGAGACAGAAGCUGUCCUCUCUGAAAGCUUCUACUUCCAAAUCCGAAUCCAGUCAGAAAUAG